AUGACGCGAAACAUUGACCCGGAGGCCGAACCGCUCCUCGAUCGUGAGCCGCAAAGGCCAGCAUCCGUGAAGGCUCAAUCGCGGGCUGCCAAGGUUAUUCACCAUGUCUCAACUUGGUCCACAGUCUAUCUCUGCGGCUUGUUCGCCUUUCUCAUCGACUACCCCACUUUCAUGGGCGAUGCCGCUAAGAUUCGAAUGCUGGAGCUGGGCCUGUGUCGAGACUACUACCGCCUAGCGGACGUGAGCGUGAUCGGGGGUGAUGGCAGCAUCCCCGAGGAGUUGUGCAAAGUGAAAGCCGUCCAGAGUUCUUUGGCGAGGUUACGCGGGUUCCUCCAGAUGCUUGAGUAUCUAAUAAGCAUUAUCCUAGCAGUGCCAUUCGGGAUUCUCGCAGAUAAAUGGGGGAGGAAGACUAUUUCUGCGGUUGGCAUUAUAGGAGCUAUCCUUGGCAAUGCUUGGUACUUUACGGCCCUAUACUUUUACAGGAUCUUUCCAACCACAGCGGUCUACGCAGCUCCGGUUUUUGUGCUCAUCGGCGCCGGCCCUGUGGUAAUACCAGCCAUGAUCUUGGCUAUCGUUGCACAUGUGACCCCUGAAGAGACAAGCCUUGUUGUGCUCUACUUCAUUCGCGACGAGGAACCAAAAUAUAUCGGCCAUUCCGACUCGGAAGAUUCUCCCAAACUUCACUUCAUGGUGGGAUAUCAGGAAAGACACAAGGCGCCUUAG